ACACUCAUCUAUAUGCGUGCUGUCCUUCUUCCUCCCCUUCCUCCCUCGCUCUUCCUCUUCCUCCUCCUCUUACUCUUCCCUCCUCCCUCUCUUUUUUGUCGAUAUUGCUUCACAAACAACAGUAAGACACCUUAAUAAAGAUGGAGAGGAAACUCCUCCAGUUUGCGUGCCCACCAUUCAUCUUCUUCCUUCUCCUUAUCAUCCCCUCGAUCUCCGCCGCCGAACACCUUCAGACGUACAUCGUACGGGUGGACGCCGACGCUAAGCCCUCCAUCUUCCCCACCCACGCCCACUGGUACGAGACCGCCGUCCUCGCCGCCGCUGCUUCCUCCGACGGCAGCGCCGCCUGGACCCCCGGUGGCCCGCUGAUCCACACCUACUCGUCCCUCUUCCAUGGCUUCUCCGCCCGCCUGUCCCCAUCGGCUGCCGCCUCCCUCGCUUCCUCUCCUGGCGUCCUCGCUGUCCUCCCCGAGCUCAUCCGCCACCCGGAUACCACGCGGUCCCCCGAGUUCCUCGGCCUCCUCUCCUCCGACCGCACCGGGCUCCUGGCCGAGUCCGACUACGGUUCCGAGCUCGUAAUCGCCGUCGUCGACACCGGCAUCACCCCCGCCCACCGCAGCUUCUCCGACCGUGGCCUUGGCCCCGCUCCCGCUCGCUGGCGCGGCGAGUGCGUCUCCGGGCCGGGAUUCCCGGCCUCUUCCUGCAAUCGCAAGCUCAUCGGCGCGCGUUACUUCUCCGGCGGAUACGAGGCCACCUCAGGCCGCAUGAACGAGUCCGCUGAGCUCCGGUCCCCGCGGGACACUGAUGGCCACGGCACCCACACCGCCUCCAUCGCCGCGGGGCGCUACGUCUUUCCCGCCUCCACCCUCGGCUAUGCCCGCGGCGUCGCUGCCGGCAUGGCACCCAAGGCCCGCCUCGCGGCAUACAAGGUCUGCUGGGCCGCUGGCUGCUUCGACUCCGACAUCCUUGCCGCCUUCGAUGCCGCCGUCGCCGACGGUGUCGACGUUGUCUCCCUCAGCGUCGGGGGCGUAGUCGUUCCCUACUACCUCGACGCUAUCGCCGUCGGGGCCUUCGCUGCCGCCGAGGCUGGCAUCUUUGUCUCGGCCUCCGCUGGCAACGGCGGUCCCGGCGGACUUACCGUCACCAACGUCGCCCCAUGGGUCGCCACCGUCGGGGCUGGGUCCAUGGACCGCGACUUUCCUGCUGACGUCAAGCUCGGCAACGGCCGUGUCCUUCCAGGCGUCAGCGUCUACGGCGGCCCCGCCCUCACCGCCGGCCGCCUCUACCCAUUGGUGUACGCGGGCGCCGCCCAGGGCGCAGGUGACGGCUAUUCCUCCUCGCUCUGCCUCGAGGGUUCCCUCAACCUGGACGCCGUGAAAGACAAGAUCGUCCUCUGCGAUCGCGGCGUCAACUCCCGCGCCGCCAAAGGCGAGGUCGUUAGCAAGGCCGGCGCCGUCGGAAUGAUCCUAGCCAACGGCGUGUUCGACGGCGAGGGCCUCGUUGCCGACUGCCACGUCCUGCCCGCCACCGCCGUCGGCGCCGUCGCGGGCGACGAGAUCCGCAAGUACAUUGCCGCCGCGACACCCAAGUCUCCAGCCACCGCCACCAUCCUCUUCCGCGGCACCCGUCUCGGGGUCCGCCCCGCGCCAGUGGUCGCGUCGUUCUCAGCCCGCGGGCCAAAUCCCCAGGCGCCGGAGAUCCUUAAGCCAGACAUCAUAGCCCCGGGGCUGAACAUAAUCGCGGCCUGGCCUGACAACGUCGGGCCCGCUAGUAUUCCAUCCGAUCAACGGAGGACAGAGUUCAACAUCCUCUCGGGAACGUCGAUGGCAUGCCCUCACGUGUCCGGCCUCGCUGCACUCCUCAAGGCGGCGCAUCCGGACUGGUCUCCGGCGGCCAUCAAGUCGGCGCUGAUGACCACAGCCUACGUCAAGGACAACAGGGGAACAACAAUGCUUGACGAGUCCACCGGCAAUUCCUCAGACGUGUUCGACUUCGGGUCCGGCCAUGUCAACCCGCAGCGGGCGAUGGACCCUGGGCUCGUCUACGACCUCACGCCGACCGACUACGUGAAUUUCCUGUGCAACCUGAACUACACGCAGCAGAACAUCAAGGCGAUCACCCGGCGGGCGGCAGAUUGCCGGGGAGCGAGGAAGGCUGGGCACGCCGGGAACUUGAACUAUCCGUCGUUCUCGGCCGUGUUCGUGGAGGACGGGACGAAGCGGAGGAUGUCGACGCACUUCAUUCGGACGGUGAGGAACGUAGGCAACGGUGCGGCGGUGUACAGGGCGACGGUGCGGGCGCCAGAGGGGAGCACGGUGACGGUGGAGCCGACAGAGUUGGCGUUCCGGAGGGCAGGGCAGAAGCUGAGCUUUUUGGUGAGGGUGAAGGCGGCCACGGCGGAGAAGCUGGCGCCGGGGAGCUCCAGCGUGAGGAGUGGAGCAUUGACAUGGAGCGACGGGAGGCAUUCUGCGAACAGCCCCAUAGUGGUCACAGUUCAGGCGCCAUUGUCAUGAUGCGAACAUGCAAGCUGCAAUGCUUUUGCUUCGAUGGAGUGGACAACCUGCGUCCUAGCGCUGCUGGGCUUUAGAAAGCUUCAAUAUAUGCUAAGGUUUUUCUUCUCUUGCUUUCCUUGUCGUCGCUGUUCUACAGGACCCCUUUGUCGAGGGGCUUAUAUGAUGUUCACAGGUAUGUAUAUGUGUUGAAGAUGAGGGUGUGGUUUCAGUCAUGUAAGAGAGGGAAAGUCGUCUCUGGUGCGUUGGAAAGUGUAUCGACACCAAAAGCAGGAAGAGAAAAAGAAAGAUCAACAAGGGAUGGGAGGAUUGAUGA